UCGUUGCACUGCUGUUUCAAAACAAGAAAUGUUUUUUCAUAAGGACCAAUCUGAAAUGUCUGCAGUAUAUAAUGAAAUCAGUACUAUUCCUUUUUCCAGUGAGGAUAACCUGGAGAGCAAUUCAGAAAAAGACAGCAAAGCCUCUUCUCCUGCAUCUGGAUUCCAACGAUGCAGAGUGUCUACGGUUAUCCUUGGACUUUUAGCUGUAGUUCAGCUUGCUGUUAUCAUUUGUCUUGCUCUCCACAUUGAGGCCAACAACAAAAAUGUGACUGAAGAGAAGGAUGAGCUGAAGAGAGCGCUGAAUGACUCUAGUUUACAGCUGAAUUCUUUGACUCAAGGAAAUGACAAGUUGAAGAAGAUUAACUCUGAAAUCGUAGCCAGAAGUAAAAACUUGACAGAAGAUAGAAAUGAGCUCAAGGCGAAGCUGGAUGAUUUAGUUUCAAGGCAGAAUACUAUGAUUGAGGAGAGAGACAAUUUGACCAGAAUAAAUGCUGAUACUCAGACCAGUUGCAGAAGAAUCUCACUGGAAAGAGAUCAGCUGAGGGAAAGGCUCAACAUUUUAGCUCAACCAGGGUGGAUCAUUUUCAGACAAAGUGCAUACUACAUGUCGUCUACAACAAAGACCUGGCAGGAAAGUAGAGAUCACUGUCGUUCACUAGGUACAGACCUGAUGAUCAUCAACAGCAAAGAAGAGCAGGUUUUUGCAAACGGUUUUAAGAAGUAUAUGUGGAUCGGGCUGACUGACUCAGAGGGAGAGGGAAGAUGGAAAUGGGUGGAUGGGACUCCAAUGAACACAAACUACUGGAGUGAAAAUGAGCCAAAUGGAAAAACAGAGGAAAACUGUGCUGAUAUAAAGAGUUUUGAAAUUGAAAGCAGCUGGAAUGAUGAAAGUUGUUCUCAUAAGCUUAACUGGAUUUGUGAAAUGAAGCUAAAUCCAUAAGAAUUGUAACAAUCAGAAAUCUUUCAGCAUUUUGUAGAUAUAACAUGAAAGCUUAGCUUUAAUUUAGGUCAAACUUCAUGCCAAAUAAAACUCCAUACAUUAUAUAUUUUUAGACAACCUCAUGAAUGCAUGAUACUUUAACACAUCUGUCCUCCUAUUCAGGUCAGAUUUAUAGUUAAAAAAAAAACAUUAGGCAUUAGGUAUUAAAGAUUUUAAGAUACUUAAAAU